AUGGCACGCCGCCGCCGCCCCCCACGGCCAGGCGCACUCACCGAACUCCCCCCUCUCAAGAUCCUCUCGCAGAUCCUCCUCCUCCAAACCCUCUGGUACGUCGCCGGCACGGUCCUGAUCCUCUUCACGGCACUGGUGGCUGGCAAGCAUUUCAGUCUGGAUCUGGUGCUCAGCUGGAGGAGUUUGAGGGGCGAUACGACGGUUGGGUGGAUGUUGGGGCUGGUUUGGCUGCUGAAUAGCUUGAUUGGCGUAAUCGGCAUCCUCGUCCUCAUCUCCCGCAGUAAACUGGUCCCCGACUUCGCGGUCACGCUGCACUUCAUCCACCUCCUCAUCGUAUCCCUCUACUCGCACUCGAUCCCUCAGAACCUGCUCUGGUGGCUGCUACAGAUAGGCAGCACAGCGAUGAUGACCGCGCUCGGAGUGUGGGCCUGUCAGUGGAGGGAGCUCAGGCCGAUUACGUUUGGUGGAGGAAGUGCCGCGCAGACGACGGCCGAUACGCCUGUGGCUGGGGAGGGCGCUGGAGAUGAGGAGAUGGGGUAUGGAAGGGGGAGAGGGAGGGGGAGGGGGAGAGAUGGAGCGGGGGAAUAUGAGAUGGUUGGGAUGAAAGGGGAGAAUGGGGAGGCUUCGUGAGGGUAAUGCGAAAUGUUUGGAGAGAGUUUCUAUCGCCGGAGAUCUUGUUCGACGGUCCGCGAGUUCAAGGGUGUCGCACUCGAAAAGGAGGUUUCUGAAGAAGCAGGGCACCUUCCAUAUUGCCCAAAAGAGAAGGAGGAUUGGAAUUCCCAGAUGUAAAAAGACAGGUGGAUUCAUGAUGUUUAACAGCACGGCGUAAGGGGAUAAGACAUCAAACAGGCGGCGUUCUGGUUGUCGGACUUGUACCAACAUUUCCUUUUUCCGGCAUCAUAUUGAGGGCAUGUUUCAGUGGAAAAUACCCGUAUGUCAAUCUAGUACAAGCUCUUUAGAGUAAUCCAAAUCUUCUCCAGCAGCCCGGAUU